AUGCUCGUCUCUGUGAGAUGCCUGGCGCAACUCAUUUUCCCGCUGCUUUCCCUGUCCGUUGGUACGCAUGCUUCGUCCGUUAGGCGGCAAGCAACGACAUGCAAUGGGCAUGCCGAGCUGUGCGGACGGUCCUUUGGCAAUGUCACCUUCGUUGGUGCUCAUGAUUCCUACGCCGUGUCCGCCUCGAGCCUCGCUGCGAAUCAAGAUUAUAAUGCCACACAACAGUUGGACGACGGCAUCCGAAUGCUGCAGAUGCAAGCUCAUAACUCCAGUGGUACAAUCGAGCUAUGCCAUACGUCUUGUCUCCUCUUCGAUGGUGGUACCUUGAAAAGCUAUCUAACCAGUGUCAAGACUUGGAUGGACUCUAACCCCGACAAUGUGGUUUCUCUACUUAUCGUGAAUUCCGAUAAUAUCCCACCGUCAGAUUAUGACACCGUAUUCCAAUCCGUCGGCCUUGCUUCAAUGGCGUACGCACCCCCGAGCGCUUCCCUACCAGCAAGCGGCUGGCCAACAUUAGAGACACUCAUAAAUUCAGGAAAGCCUCUCGUGGUAUUUUUAACGACGGAAGCCGAUUAUCAGACCGUUCCGUACCUCAUCGAUGAGUUUACCAACAUCUGGGAGACUGCUUACGACGUAACCACGACCACCUUCGACUGCAAUGUCAAUCGCACGAAUGGUGAUUCAAGCACGCAAAUGUAUCUGAUCAACCAUUUCCUCGAUGAGGAAUCCAUAGCAGCAAUUCCAGUGCCAAACAAGGCUGCGGCGAACGUGACGAAUGGUGUCAGCGGUGUAGGCUCUCUUGGUCAGCAAGUUCAGACUUGUGCCUCGGAAUAUGGCAGAAACCCCAACUUCAUGCUCGUAGACUUCUACGAGUAUGGCAAUGGCUCUGUCUUUCAAGUGGCAGCAACUGCCAACAGUGUUACGUAUACUCCGAGUUCCCCAGUCGCUACGCCGAUUACCAGCUCGAGCAGUUCGAGCAGCUCUAGCGGUGCAGUCGGUGGUGUCGUGGUGACCUGGGGUCAUCUAGGCGGAUCGUUCACCAUACUGCUGAGCGUGCUGUUCGGUGUGUGGAGCAUUGUUUAA